AUGUCGUCUUUGCGAAAUUCAAUUCAGCGGCGCAACCACAAGGAGCGUGCGCAGCCCCUCGAGCGCAAGCGCCUCGGUCUUCUCGAGAAGCACAAGGACUACUCUCUACGUGCCAAGGACUACAACCAGAAGAAGAAGCAGCUCAAGGCUCUCCGAGAAAGGGCUGCCGACCGCAACGAAGAUGAAUUCUACUUUGGCAUGAUGUCGCGCAAGGGCCCCGGCUCGAAAAUCAAGACUGGCAAGACCUGGAACGGCCGAGUUGAGGGCGAUCGCGGAAACAAGGACCUGGACAUGGACACGGUGCGGCUGCUGAAGACACAGGACUUGGGAUACGUAAGGACGAUGAAGCAGGUUGCCGUGAAGGAACUAGCGAGAUUGGAAGAGCAGUUUGUCUUGAUGAAAGGACUGGAUCAAUUGGCUGAGGAAGACGACGACGAAGACGACGAUGAUGACUAUGACGACUACGACUCAGGUGCUUCAAAAAGACGGCGGACAAGCGCGCCCCGAAAAAUCGUCUUCGCAGACGACGAGGCCGAGCGAGAGGAAAUCAUAGAAAUCGACGAGGACAAGAAGCCCGAGAAGAGGGAAGACCAGAACGACGCAUUCGACAGGGCAGAAAACCUCGGCGAGCUGAAGCGCAGGCUGGAGCACUCGCGCAAAAAAGUAAAGGCGCUAAUGACGGCCGAGAGCAAGCUCGAGGUCCAGCAGGCCAAGACGGCCAAGACGGCGACGUCGGGCGGCACGACGAGGAGGGGGAAGAAGAUUAUGGUGAGGCAGAGGAAGAGAUAG